AUGACUCUGUUCCGCCAGUUUGGAUUCGGCCAGAAGACCAGGAUUCCAUUCGGCACUGUCCAUGAAGCCUUCAUACACCAUGCUACACAGGCGCCUUCAGAGGUUGCCCUGGUGGAUCUCUCCCCCGGCACCCCCAAGGAAGUCACAUACGGCGAGCUCCUGCGCCAGGCUCAGUUCAUUGCUACGCAGCUCCGGGCGAACGGAGUGAUUCCAGGACACCGGGUGAUGCUCCUGAUCAAGCGCAGCGCAGAGAUGGUGGCUGGGAUCCUCGGGAUUCUCAUGGCUGGGGCACAGUAUAUCCCGAUGGAUGGCGGGGUUGUCCCCGAUCACACUCUUCAACAUGCGGUCGAGCAAUCCAGCGUGACGGUCGUGCUGUGUCUCCACCCGUUCGAGGAGCGGAUCCGGUUCUUGGGGACUGUUGGCGUCACCGUCCUGGUGCUGGAUGACCUGCUGCAGAGCCCUGCCUUUACCGACUUUGCUGUGGAUCAGGCGAACCUGCUUUGCGAGGGCAACAAAAACUCCGGAUGCUACCUCAUAUACACGUCUGGUACAACCGGAACUCCGAAGGGUGUCUACGUGACGCACAAAAAUGUGACCAACAUCCUCUGCCAAGCACCCGGCAAUCUGGGAAUGACCCGCGGCACAAAAGUCGGGCAGGUGCUGUCCGUGAGCUUCGAUAUGGGCGCCUGGGAGGUCCUCGGCAGCAUGUCGAAUGGAGCCACACUGGUCCUGCGAGGAUCCGACUGGAAUAAAGCUUUGCAAAAGAUCGACACUCUGAUCUGCACACCGAGUAUUCUCAACCGAUACAGCCCCGAUCAGUUUCCCAAUAUUCGGUGCGUGGCCACGGCUGGCGAGCCGUCCACUCAGAGUCUGGCGGACAAAUGGGCACUGGCUGGGGUGGAAUACUACAACUGCUGUGGGCCCACAGAGAUCACCAUCAUAAACACCAUGCAUAAGCACACUGCGGGCAGUGCGCUUACCAUUGGGAAGCCCACGCCCAACAACAACAUCUAUAUCUUGGACGGGAACAAGUCCCCGUCCCAAAUCGGGGAGGUCGGCACCAUCUGGGCUGGUGGUGCCGGUGUGACAAGGGGGUAUAUUGCCCAGCCGGAGAAGACUGCGGAAAAGUACCACUACGAUGUGUUUUUGAAUGAUGGAAAGUCUCUUAUGUACAACACCGGCGACCUCGCCCGAUGGCUUCCUGACGGCAACCUUGAGACAUUCGGUCGUGACGAUGAUCAGGUCAAACUUCAAGGCUUCCGCGUUGAGCUUGACGGUGUCAGCCACUCGUUGGCAUCGGCUCCCGGCGUACAGCAAGCAACAGCCCUAAUGAUCGGGGGCCAACUGACCGGCAUCGUGUCGCCGAAACAGUGCAACAGUGACAAGCUGGCAGAAGACCUCAAGACCAAACUGCCGUACUAUGCGAUCCCCUCCAAGUGGCACAAAGUAGACCAGUUCCCCUUGACGUUUAACGGUAAAGUCGACAAGCGCGCCCUCGCGAAACAGGUCCAGGAGGCCAGACACUCCCAGACAGAGCUCUACUCUGCUCUCGACAACAAAAAGGAGCUGUAUACAAGCACAAUGUCCACUGGAUCCGAUUCCCUGACGGACCCCAAAAAGGAGCCGGCUCCUGUACCAGACAAACUCUGGGGCAAGCCAUGGCGCGGCCUCAGACAUCGCAUCUUUAUCGUAUACCGGACAUUAUUCUCGCUUAUAUUCCUGGCCAAUAUCGCUGUUCUUAUUGCCUUUGUGACGGUCCCAACAAUUCCUCGCCAGCAUAUCACAACCAUUGCAUUCGUCAACCUGACAAUCGCGAUUCUGGUCCGGCAAGACGUUGUCAUCAACAUCCUGUAUACCAUCUCGUGCUCCGUUCCAAAGUCCUGGCCCCUCGCAAUCCGGAAACGAUGCGCAAAGAUAUACCACCUCGGAGGCGCCCAUUCAGGCGCUGCAGUGAUGGCUGUGGCCUGGUACGCCGGCGGCAUCUGCUAUAACAUCGUCGUGUUCGCGACCCGGCCAGACGAUCCCCUCCGACCGUCAGUGCUGACAAUCGUGCUCUCCCUGAUCGCGCUAUUCAUCUUCUUUGGCAUGAUUACGCUGGCAUACCCGACAAUGCGAAAGAAGCAUCACGACCUGUUCGAACGCGUGCACCGAUUCGCCGGCUGGACCGCGCUGGUGAUUAUCUGGGUCCAGAAUAUGUCCUCGAUCCGAGAUCAACGACCGCCCGGUACAUCUCUCGGCGAGCAGGUCAUUAAAACCCCGAGCUUCUGGAUGGUGAUCGUCAUUACGAUGAGCAUUGCUAGCUCGUGGCUGUUCCUCCGCAAGGUCCCCGUCGACGCAGAGGUCCUCUCCAACCACGCCGUCCGUCUGCAUUUCGAUUACACGAUGCCAGUCAAUGGCUCGUUCACCCGCCUGUCAAAGCGCCCGCUGAUCGAAUGGCACUCGUUUGCCACUGUUCCUGCCCCAGUGCCGAAGAAUGGCCGGCCUAGGGGGUACUCUCUUGUUGUGUCUCGUGCUGGUGACUGGACGGGUUCUCGCAUCAGUAAACCGCCUACUCAUCUUUGGGUGCGAGGUGUUCCCACCUGCGGCGUAAUGCGCAUCGCAACCCUCUUCAACCGCGUCGUCCUGGUAGGCACAGGAUCCGGAAUUGGGCCUUUACUCGGCCACAUCCAGAUCCCAACGUGUCCAUUCCGCCUGGUCUGGUCGACCUCGAACCCAAUGCAGACAUUCGGCAAGGGGAUUAUGGACGAUGUAUACAAUGCCGACCCAGGGGCUAUUGUCCACGACACCAAGAAACAGGGACGCCCGGAUCUGGUGAAACUUACCUGGAACGCAGUCCGGGAUUUCAACGCCGAGGCGGUGAUUGUUAUUUCGAAUGAGAAGCUGACCAAGAAGGUCGUUUAUGGGAUGGAGACGAGGGGGAUUCCCGCCUAUGGAGCUAUCUUUGAUAGUUAA